GUAGCAUCUGGAGCAAUGUAUGACAGAGUACAUGAGCUGAUAUUCACUGACAAACGUCAGCGUUACACGCUGAUGCUGUUUCGGGUGGCUAAGGAAUCGCAUGUUUCCUCAAAUAAACAACUAUACACAGAUAUAUAUAAUCCGCGAAUUGUAUUUUGGACUGCGUGUGCUUGCUGUACACUCUGGGUUGUACACGCCCAUGCAUGUGACGGGAGGGCCCGAGAGGUGAUGGCAUGAGACGAGAGGCUCCAGGCUGCAGCCAUACCCGUCUCACAAGUCGAUGUCGUGUGGAGUCUGUCCCCGGAGCAGCGUCUUCCCCAAUGUUGGUGCGGUGGUUCCUGCUUCUGCUCGGGACUCUGUCCACACAGGCCGACUUGUUCCAGUUCGACAGCAUCACCAACGUCUCCUCUUACUAUUUUAAUUACAUUUAUUGUAACAUAUGGGAGGGGGAGUGUCAGCCCAGCCAAGACGAUGCUUCACAGCAAGUUCCCAGCAGAGAACUGUGGGCAGGUUUUCCUCAGGACUACAUCAGUGUGCUGCAUCAGUGGUACUGUAGCCUGGGCCAGUGCUGCGAGUCUGGAGACUGUAGGGUAACCAACAACAUCACAGGUCUGGCACGGGACCUUCAAACAAAGCUCCAUGGGCAGCACCUUGCUCAGUCUGUGGUCCUGAAAGCCAUCCAGGGUUUUAUCAUCGACCCAGAGUCCAACAAGCCACUCACCCUCUCCUUCCAUGGCUGGUCUGGCACUGGCAAGAACUUUGUGGCCCGGAUCAUCGCUGAUAACCUGUAUCGUGACGGGGUCAAGAGUGAGUGCGUGCGCUUGUUCAUUGCCCCGUUCCACUUCCCACACGCCAGGCUUGUGGACACAUACAAGGGCCAGCUGCGGGAAGCCAUACGGGACAUGGUGUUGCGUUGUCCUCAGACUCUGUUCAUCUUUGACGAGGCUGAGAAGCUUCACCCGGGCCUCAUCGAUGCCAUCAAGCCUUACAUGGAUCACUAUGACAAUGUUGAUGGGGUUAGCUACCGGAGAGCCAUCUUCCUCUUCCUCAGUAAUAUUGGUGGUGCAACAAUCAAUGAUGUAGCCCUGGAUUUUUGGCACUCUGGUCAAAACCGAGAGGACAUCGGUAUGGAAGACCUGGAGCAUCGACUUCGAACUGAAACUAUGGAAUCUCAAGGUGGGUUUGCGCAGAGUGAGUUGAUGUCUGGUCACCUGAUCGACUUCUAUGUGCCCUUCUUGCCCCUGGAAUAUCGCCAUGUGAAGCUUUGUGCACGAGAUGCCUACAUAGCCCGAGGUCUGGAGACAGAUGAAGCUACGCUGGAUGAGGUGGCUAAGGCGAUGCUGUAUGUCCCUAAAGAGGAGAGACUUUUCUCAGCCCAGGGAUGCAAGUCUGUACCCCAGAGGAUCAACUUCUUUCUGCCCUAG